CCCUCCGCACCUCUAUUCACCCUCCCAUCUUCGGCGAAGAUCAACAUCCUAACUCUAUCAACGCACUACAGCUUCAUUUCAGAGCAAAAAUUCACACUUAGCGCCACUCAGCUUAUCUCGCUACAUCUAUUUCUACACCGUCCCUCAUCUGAUGGCGACUGUACCGACCCGCUGUUUGGACCUUACAUCUCAGUUCUCCCGCGGGAGUUUGACGGUCACCCAUUGACUUGGGUUGUUCAGCGGAAAAUUGGAACGCUUGGUAAUGAAUCACGGUUCUUGGACCUCAUGCCGCCUACUGCUAGGAAUGCUCUGUGUGCAGUCGAGAAGCGCUUUUGGGAUGAUUGGGAAACUGUGUGUCGAUGCAUGGCCAGUUUUUCCGUUGUGCCACAUAUUGUCAAACUGGCCAGUCGAACGAUUCCUGCACGACCUCAUCCAUCAGACUCAGUGUCCACGGCGGAUUACCUCUGGGCAUGGUUAAAUGUGAACACUAGGUGCUUAUACGACCGCAUCAAAGAAUCCGCAUCCGAUCCAGACAAUAUCAGUCUAUGCCCUAUCUUCGACUUCGCCAACCACACAUGGACGAAACAAAAUAUGAAGCUCCUCCCUUCUGAUGCCGAAGCCUGGCAGGCAAUCCUCGGGAUUCACUCUGACGCAGGCUCAGAUUUGACGUGUGUUACGGGGGAUGAGUCAGUGCAGGAGGGUCAGGAGCUGUUCUUGACGUAUGGGAUGCACCCUCAGAGAGAGAUGCUAGUGGAGUACGGGUUCGUCAACCAGGUCGCGGACGAUGCGUUUCGUUCCGGCGAGUUUUCAGGAGAAGUGGAUUUACAGGAUGAAGUGCAGAACCUAUUCGAGGAGCAAGGCGAGGCUGGUAUACGGAUGAAGCAGAUCUUGGAAGAGGAGGGCUAUUGGGGCGAUUGGACAAUACAUUCGUCGCCGUCACCGGCGUACCCCUCCUACCGACUCAUCACCGCACUUCGCUUAUGCCACAUCAAUGGCUCAAACGCUGAUUGCAAGGAAGAUUCGGCCACCGCAUUGCAGGCCUGGAGGGAUACGACACUGGGCCGUCAAGACAUCGUUUCAGAUGAGAAUGAGUCGGGAUGGAGGGCCACGCUGGUCACAAUCUGUGAAACUGUGGCUCGCCGAGCGGACGUUGCGUUGGAUGAACUGGCGAGGAAGUCGCAGGAUGACGGUCAGGCUGAACGCGAGCCCGACAAGUGGAUGAUAGAUAAUAUUCGGCUGCUGUGGGUAGAGGAGCGAGAGGUUGCGAGAGCGGUCAUCGAGAGUGUGAGGAGAGGUGACGAAUUUUAG